CUCUCCACCUCUGUACCGCUCUCUUUCUCUCACUUACUCUCGCUCUCCCUCCCUCUUUCUCUGCUACAGGUGUGAGAAGACCCACGCCAGCCAUUCACACUGCGCCUGUCCCUCCUGGCUUUAACCAGAUAGCAUUAAAAUCAUCAUAAUACUGACCUGACAUCAUCUAGAGCAUUACACACAAAUACACAGACUCAAAGUCCUGGAGUGUCCAAAGAAUCCUGGGCCCAGUCAUCCUUAUCUGAAUAGAUACAUGUGAGAGUUCAUUUAGUGGCUUUCAAGGGCAGGCAGGAUGAAUUUUGACGAGGUCCUGGACCGGAUUGGUGGGUUUGGACGCUUCCAGAAGACGCUUUAUGUGUGGAUCUGUCUGCCACAGAUCUUCUUGGCCUUCCACAUGUUGGUGUCUAUAUUUACUGGUGCCGUGCCCCCUCACCUGUGCAGAUCCACCUGGCCACCAGUUGACGGUGGCGGUCUUGGGUUGGGCCUCAACUUUAGCAACGCUUCUGGUGAGUCAUGCUCUUCUUUUCAGCACAGCCCACCGUCCCAGCUCAAUCACAGUGGCCUCAACCUACCAAUUACUGAGCACUCGACUGGUUGCAAGGGUGGAUGGGAGUUCAGUAAAGAUGUCUUCCUCAGCACUGUCGCCACAGAGUGGGAUCUAGUGUGUGAAAAUGCCACUUUGAACAACAUUGGUUCAUCUAUCUAUAUGUUUGGGCUGCUGGUUGGUGCUGUGCUGUUUGGUGCCCUUGCUGAUAAGUACGGCCGCAGAAUGAUCAUACUGAUCGGUUUAGCAGUGCAGGCCAUUUUUGGAGUGGGUGCAGCUUUCGCCCCUAAUUUCUACAUUUAUGUCCUGCUCCGCUUCGUGGUGGGCAUGACAGUGUCGGCAGUGAUCAUGAAUGCAUUUGUGUUGGGUACUGAGUGGACGGGCCCCAAAAAACGCAUGCUGGCAGGUGUCAUCACAGACUACUUCUUUGGUUUUGGCUACAUCCUACUGGCAGGGGUGGCCUACCUUAUCCGAGAUUGGCGUAAUCUGCAGUUGGCCAUUUCCGCUCCUGGCUUCCUCUUCCUGUUCUACAUCUGGGUGCUUCCAAAGUCGGCCCGUUGGUUGAUGGCCAAUCAGAAGCAUGAAGAGGCAUUGGAUCUGAUUCGUAAGGCAGCACUUAUAAACGGCAAACCACUGGACUAUGACGACAUUGAGCUUUGCCAGAGCACUAAAAACUCAGAGAAUUUACAAGAUCUGCGGAAAUACACAGUCAUCGAUCUGGUUCGGACACCCACAAUGAGGAAACAGUCCCUCAUUCUGUUCUACCUCUGGUUUGUGAAUGUCCUGGUGUACUAUGGGCUGUCACUCAAUAUCUCAGACUUUGGUAUUAAUAUCUACAUGACGCAGAUGAUCUUUGGCUUGGUGGAGAUGCCAGCACGUACCAUUACUCUCUUCACCCUAAACCGCUCUCGGAAGAUAUCCCAGUUAGUUUUCUUAGCAGUAGGAGGCCUGGCCUGUCUUCUCACCAUAUUCAUACCAGAUGAUCUGUCCAGUGUUCGCACUGUACUUGCCAUGGUGGGUAAGUUUGGGAUCACCGCAUCAUUGUCCAUUGUGUACAUCUACUCAGCAGAGAUCUUCCCAACUGUCAUCAGACAAAAUGGCAUAGGUAUGGGUUCAAUGUGUGCACGGGCAGGCGGAGUGAUUGCCCCCAUCAUCUACCUCUUGAGAAACAUCAACCGUCAUGCCCCCAUGGUGGUGUUUGGCCUGUGUCCACUCAUAGGUGCUGCCCUCACCAUGUUUCUGCCUGAGACAGCCCAUAAGCCUCUUCCAGACACAAUAGAGGAUGUGGAGUGCACCGGUGUCAGCACUAGGGCCGAGAAGUCACAACAUGCCCUGUAUGAAGAAUGCCCCAAACAGAACCCCGACAUCAUCCUCUGAACAGCAAGCCUACAUUAGACUCUCACCAAACAAUCAUUUCAGAAGGAAAGACUUUUCAAUUGUCAUUUCAUGCUUUUCUUUCCAGGAGUACUUGAAUGUAGUCACGAAAUCGGUAUGGAAAUACAAUCAAAUUCUGUGGCUAACAGAAGGCAAGGGCUAUAUUUCACAGAUUUUUUUUAUUUUAUUUUGGAAGCAGUUUUGUUAAAUUUGUACAAUAAUAGACAUUAACAUGAGGGAAUUUGCAAUUUCUUUUUUUAAUAAAAAAAUUAAAUACAUUUUUUUUUUUUUUUUUUUUUUGGUAAUGUUGAUUCUUGGGGGUUUGAAAAAGGAAUUGGUGGUUUUUAAAACCUGAUUCAAUUUCUGCAGGUGAUUUUGUAAUUUCUGCACCAUUCUGUGAAAUAAUGUUUUCAAGCAGGUUUCCUGAACACUCCCACCUUGUGCCAUUUGUCAGGCAACAAAUAGUCCAGACCUAAACUCAAAGCACUGGUUGAGCCAGUGUUGCUGUACUGGGCUGGUGGGGAUACUCAGACAGUGUUUACAUUUUUCAAGCUAAUCAAUCUACAAACUUGGCUUACUUACAGUUGGUUUAUUGGGGUAGAUUUUUUGUAUUUAUUGUUUUUAUCACCCUUUAUCACCUUUAAGACUCAUGUUAGUCUUCAGCUAUGUUUUACUGUGCUUUUUUGGUUUGUAAAUAAUGUACAUUUUACUAUGACAUUUUUAGAUGUGUACAGUAGGUUGCAUUUCACCAGUCACUCUCUGAUUUCAAUUAGUUUUCAUGUGUGAGAAUCAGCAGGGUGCAAACUCACAUGUUGUGCAUUCACUUCUUAACAUCUGCAGUCUCUCAUACACUUGUACAUUUACAUUUACAUUUAUGCAUUUGGCAGACGCUUUUAUCCAAAGCGACUUACAGUGCCCUUAUUACAGGGACAAUCCCCCUGGAGCAACCUGAAGUUAAGUGCCUUGCUAAAGGACACAAUGGUGGUGGCUGUGGGGACUGAACCAACAACUGUUUGCUUACUAGUUCAGUACUUUAGUCCACUACGCCACCACCACUACACCACCAGAGACAACAUCUGCAGUCUCUCAUACACUUGUAUUUUUGCCUCUUUCCGAAAGAGACCAUUCAAGCUCAGAGAAUGCACUGAAAUGACACAAGCCUUUCCCUUCUGAAAAGACCAGCUUAUGCUGUUUUUUUGGUCCUGGUACCCCAGCAUGGGAUGCUGGAGUCUGCCUCUGUCUUUUAAACUAUUUUAACCAUUCAUCAGAAAGACUAUGCUGGUCAACCACCUUCACCAGCAAGGUUUUGCUGUUGAUAAGCAUUGCUAUGCUGGUCCACCAGGAAGUCCCAGAAAAUCUCUGGGACAUUACAGUAUUCACUUAGAGCUCAAACUAUAAAAAAAGAGCUUGAAAAUAUCAAAUAAAUAGUAACACUUUACAAUACUUUUCCAUUAGUUAACAUGAACUAACAAUGAAAUAUACUUAAUAAGCAUUUAUAAAUCUUAGUUAAUGUUAAUUUCAACAUAUAGUAAUACAUUUUUAAAAUCAAAAGUUGUAUUUGUUAACAUUAGUUAAUGCACCAUAAACUAACAAUUAAAUUUUUAUUAACUAACAUUAACAAAGAUGAAUAAAUGCUGUAAGAAAUGUAUUGUUAAUUGUUAGUUCACGGUACCUAAUGCAUUAACUAAUGUUAACGAAUGGAACCUUAUUGUUAGGUGUUACCAAAUAAAUAAAUAUCAGAAAUACUUAUUAUUAGUCUGUUGUGAAAUCCUGAUAUAGAAUGUGAUUGUUUUCCCAGUUUUUCACAGAAACACACGUUUAUAUUUCUAUCAUUUUAAAGUUUUUGUUUUUGUUCUGUAUUUAAUAAAAAGAAGGGAGAGAAUUGAACAAAAAUUAGAAAAUAAUGGGGAAAAACAGGAAUUUCACAUGGUCCUUGUCAUGUUGCUAUGUCCCUAAAACAGAGGUUGAUUUUGAUGGUAAUUUUAAACUACCAAAGCAAGAACCACAGCUGCUUUUGCAAUAUAAACAGUACAGCAGUUAGCUGGGCACAUUUCAACAUUUUAGUUCCCAUAUUUACUACUGUUGAUUUGUUUUUAGCUGACUAUCGCCACCUUCUGGAGAGAAGCUGUACUUGAUUCUUAUAUAUAUAUAUAUGUACACACACAUUUCACAGUUUUGUACAUUUUUAUAAAACAGAAAGGGGGUUUAGCAUUAGAUAUGCCCAAACCUUAUAUUACAAAAUUAAUUCGUUUAUAUACAUAAUUCGAUUUUUUGUAACAAAGUUCUGCUUUUCCAUUGGGUGAUGUCUCCAUUAACUGACCAGUCAUAUUGGCAAGUCAAGUCAAGCCAUUUUUAUUUGUAUAGCGCCUUUCACAACACACAUCAUUUCAAAGCAGCUUUACAGAAGAUCA